AUGAACAGAGGAGAAGAAACAGCAAUUCGCGAGUUAAACCAUUCAGAUGAAACCGGGGUUCGGGAACAUGUGGAAACACACAAACAGCCGGUGAAUGGAGACGAAUUAUGCACUUUUAAAACGGAGCACAUUAAAGGAACUACUAGAGGCCAGAGGAGCAAUAGCCAGCAACAAGGCAAAGGCUAUCAUGGAAAGAGACAGAGCAACGGCUGCUGCAGCACCUCCAAGGGAGGAAGAGCCAACAGAAUUUCAGAGGGAGUUCAGGAGCAGGUUGGUCCUGUACCCAACCACACCACCACAAGAGACUUACGAUAG